AUGCUGGGAAUCAAGAUCCCUCCUAUAAGUUUUUGCAGAGCUUCCAUGGCUGGCCUUCAGUACAAAUUCUUCCCAACUGAUUUCUUUGUUCCUUCUCAACAGUCAGUCACUAGAGACGGCAGCAGCCGCCAGCAAGUUGUUCCGGUGAGGACCCGAAAAAUCGAUGAAAUCGAUGAGUCUAAACAACCUAAAGCCAUUGUUCUGAUCUCUGAGAUCAACAAGAAGAAUCUGAAAGCUCUUCCUUCCUCAUCACAACCCUUGGUUGACUUUGACAACCAAAAUCAUGGAUCCUCCUAG